UCGAAACUUUAAAAAAGUAGCACUUUCUACGAUUGCCUUGACUUAGUUUCUUUUCCAGACUAACUUUUACUUGAACAAUGAGGCAUUGACCUGCGACGUGUGCAAUAGAGGGGAGGACGCCAUGUUCACGUGUACUGAGUGUGGUCACAAUAUGUGUGACCAGUGCCAGCAGUUUCACAACAAGUUUUUCUCCAAUCACCAUGUGCAACCUCUAACGUGUAGUUAUCAAAAAGAUUAUCAACUUUCCUUUGAACCUAUAACCAAGGGUACAGUCACAGAACAACUCAAGGUGUUGGAGGAGGCGCUGGUGACGAUGAGGGAGGAGGAGGACACGCUGCAGGGGGAGAGGCAGGCGGUGGCUGAUGUCAUCAGCAGGCGGGCCGACGCCGUGAAGGCGCUAGUGACGCAGGCGGAGGAAAGGAGCCAGAGGAAGUUAGCGGAAGUAGCAGAGAGUCUGGGUAAACAGAUUCAAGAAAAGAUAAUCACUGCACGUGACAGGCACUGUAGGAUCUGGCAGCUGUCCUCACAGGGAGGAACAAAAGGUCAAUCAACUUCCGUCCCGAGUCACGAGCAAACAGCUUUACUCACUGACGAUGAUGUUCAGAUGUAUAAGCAGCAGUGCAGCAGGGGCAGACAAUCACAGACACUGCUGCACCAGUUUGACGACAGCGCCAUCAACAUGCAGGUCAUAGAAGCCUACAUCGGCACAGUGUCCAGUGGCAAACAAUGUACAGGGGAGGACAGCAGCAGUUUGUUAUCAGCGGUUACCUGCAGUGAGACAAGUCCUCUAGAGAGGCAAGUAAGUGAUACACUGCUUACGUCACUGCCGUCAGACAUGACAAAACUGACACGUGACAUUGCAGAGAUUAAGGACAAACUGGCGGCGUUGGAAACAAUUACAAGCCGCUUAGAGAAACAACAGACAACAGUUUUACAGUUGGAGGCUUUGAACGAAGAGAACUCUAAUCUUCAAUCACAAGUUGUGUCUUUGAGAGAAGCGGACUCCAGGAUGCAGGAGAACAUGGACACUUUUCAACAAAAUGAGGAGAAAAUAAGAGGAGACUUUUCAAAUAUCCAAAAGGACAUAACUAAUAUGGAACACAAACUUCAAGGAAUGAAGGCGAUUAACCUUAAACUACAGACUAAGGUUGACAGUUCUCAGCAGGAGUCUUCGCACAUUAAAACAGAAACUAAGAAGCUCCAAGAUGCCACUGAGGAUCUGAGUAGAGGUUUUCAAAUCUUGAAAGAAAAAGCGAGUAAUUUGGUGGCUUUCAACGCCAGACUACAUGAAGACAGUCCAGCAGGCUCUGUCAUCUUGAGAGAAGUUGACUGCAAUGUCGGGCAGGCCUACGACAACAAAACAGGCAUUUUCACCGUCCCUGUCACAGGCAUCUACUUCUUUAUGGCCAGAGCGAUGGCAGCUGAGGAACCCAAGAGGUUUUUUCUGGAUAUCUGGGUGGACAACGUGCGAGCUGCUGAGUCAGGAUCCUCUCAGGCCCAUAAGUUCGAGCCCUAUAUGAAACUCAACCAAAAUCACUAUGUCAUCCUCAAAAUACAGCGAGAAAAUUUGUCUAGUCGACGAUACCUUUGCACUCGAGCAGAUCGUGACAUAACUAACUUCACAGCUAACCCCAUGACAUACCUAGCUCAUGUUUGA